UUCAGCCAAGGAGGCAAUAUACAACUCACAUGAAAUAAUUGGUCCACUUAUAGCCCCACCCUUGAGGCCUCAGCAAGUAUAAAAACCAUUCCAAGUAUUCAUCAAAAUCAUCAACUUCAUUAACAUAUCUCUUCAGCUAAUUCCAGUCUUGCUAACAGCUUCCCUGCCCCUAUUCACGUACUUGAGUACUUUGAUAUAUCAAGAGAGAAAAUGAGCAGCGGAGACUGGAUGUGCGGUUCAUGCCAGCAUUUGAAUUUCAAAAAACGAGAUUCAUGUCAUCGUUGCAGGUUCCCCAAGUUUGGUGGUGAUGCUGAUAUGGCAUCUUACGGGAUUGUCAGAGAAGAAGUCAUGGCCGGGGAUUGGUACUGCAAUGUCAUGAACUGUGGAGCACAUAACUAUGCUAGCAGAACAAAUUGCUUCAGAUGUGGUGCAUUAAAACAGGAUUUUUACGGGUGUGGGGCUGGCAUGAUGGGACCAGGAGGGUAUGCAAAUGAAAAUACAGUUCCUCCUGGUUGGAAAUGUGGUGACUGGAUUUGCAAUAGAUAUGGAUGUGGUGUACACAACUACGCUAGCAGGAUGGAAUGCUACAAAUGCAAAACACCAAAAGAAUAUGGUGGUGCAGUGUAAAGAAAAUGAACUAUGAACGAGAUUUACUUGAAGCAGCAACAAAUUAGCUGCAAUUGCGGCUUCUAACCCUCUCAAACAACUUUUUACAUAUAAUUAUCUUUUUCUCCCAUCUCCUUGCCAGUUAAUUAAUAAGCUGUAGGUUCAAGGCUGAGGCCUGAUUUCAAUUACAUUGCCAUGUCUUUCCCAAAGGGUUUCCUAGUGUAAUGUAUGGUGCAAUCUAAUUUUAGCGAAGCAAAUGAGAUCAUUUAACUUUC